UUUCAGUUUCGGUUUGAAACAGACUGCACCGUCACUGCGCAGCACCACAGCAGGAGUUCUGAGUGCUGACAGUGUGAGAUUCUGUUUGCUUCUGUCUUCAUCCAGUUCUCUGUCAUCAGGAUAUUCAGCCUCCGUAAUUUACAGGAAUUUAAUUAUCUAGCUACUACCACUCCUGGGUAAAGGAAGAGAGGAAAAGCUGCAGUACCUCGCCCUUGAAGACUGUGAGUGAAGUUGUCUGGUUCACAUCAACGCCCAUGACAGAACCAUCUUGCUAGGGUGCUGAAUUUCAACAUCUGUAAGGAAUGCAUCGGGCAGUGAGUUUACAGAUCCUUCUCCUGCUGUUAUGUGGAGGACAUGUCCACUCCGAGGAUGAAUGUAUUAAAGCAUCAGUAGCUACUUGUGAUGCCUGCAUUAAGUCUGGGCCAGGCUGCGUCUGGUGCCAAGACUUGAAUUUCACCAAGCGUGGGGAGUUGGAAGCUGUACGAUGUGACACCCUGAGCGAGAUUCUCAAAAGAGGCUGCCCAAGGAGCAAGAUAGUCAACCCACCCAAUGACCAGCGCAAAAUUAGAGACAAACCUCUGUCUGAAGGCAAACAGGGAAAUAGUCCUGUCCAGAUACAGCCACAAGAGAUCUAUCUUGAGCUAAGACCAGGUAAACCCCACACUUUUGAGUUCAAGUUUAAAAGGGCCGAAGGUUACCCUGUUGAUCUGUACUACCUGAUGGAUCUGUCCUACUCAAUGAAUGAUGAUUUGAAGAAUGUGAAAAACCUGGGAAUAGAACUACUUAAGAAUCUGAAAAAAAUCACUGGAUCUGCAAGAAUAGGCUUUGGGUCAUUUGUCGAUAAGACCCUUCUUCCUUUUACGGACACAAACGAAGAGAAGCUCCAAAAGCCCUGUCCACGGGAAGAAACUCAGUGUGAGCCGGCAUUUGGUUAUAAGCAUGUGCUCAGUCUGACAGAUGAUGGAGAAAGUUUCCGAAAAAUGGUCUCUCUGCAGCGCAUAUCUGGCAACCUGGACACACCAGAGGGAAGUCUGGAUGCCAUCAUGCAAGCUGUCACUUGUGUGGAUGAGAUUGGCUGGGGGAAUAGCACACGUCUGCUGGUGCUGGCCACUGACGCUGGCUUCCACAUGGCAGGGGAUGGAAAGCUUGCUGGCAUUCUAGAACCCAACCAAGAGUACUGUCAGCUGGACAAAAAAAACAUGUACAUAAAGAGCAACCUGUGGGACUACCCAUCUGUUGGUCAGAUAGCGAGAAAGCUGGAGGAAAAAAACAUUCAGCCAAUUUUUGCUGUCACUGAGAAAGUGGCAGAUGUUUACAGAGAGCUGAGCCAACUCAUUCCAAAAUCUGAGGUUGGAGUGCUGAGUAAUGAUUCAAGCAACGUUGUAAAGCUUAUUGUGGAUGCGUACAAUAAACUGUCCUCCAACAUUAUUGUGACCCAUGAUAACCUCCCAAAUGAUAUAACUGUGACAUACACGGACUGUGAAGGAAAGAAGGAGCAUAGUGAUAAGGGAACUUGCAAUAAUGUCAACAUUGGAAAAGAGGUGACUUUCUCAGUGACAGUGAAAGCACUGACAUGCACAGAUGAAAAGACCUUCAACAUUGGACCUUUGGGCUUCAAUGAAAAACUAACUGUUCGUGUCAAAACACGAUGUGAGUGUGAGUGUGACAAUGAGCGAAACACCCAGCAUGAGCACUGUAAUAAACAGGGCAGUGUUGUCUGUGGCACCUGCAGAUGCAAUCCAGGCUACCUGGGACAGAGGUGUGAGUGCAGUUUGGGCAAGAAGGAUGAGGCCGCACUGAAAGCACAGUGCCGUAAAGACAAUGGCACUGAGUGUGAAGGCCGUGGAGACUGUGAGUGUGGGGUGUGUAAGUGUCACCUGACUGAGGCAGGAAACUCGUACUAUGGCCCUCACUGUGAAUGUGAUGACGAACACUGCGAGAAGUACCAGAACAAGCUGUGUGGAGGUAACGGCGACUGCAAGUGUGGCGAAUGCAAGUGCAAAGAUGGCUUCGAGGGAACAGCCUGUCAGUGCAAGAAAUCAAAUGAUGGUUGCCUCACCAGAAGCGGAAGUGAGUGCCAUGGACGUGGCAAAUGUAUGUGCAAUCAGUGUUCUUGCGAGAGAGGGUACAAGGGACCCAAAUGCGAGACCUGUCAUACUUGCUCCGUGCCAUGCCAAAAGUCUGGGAGCUGUAUUGAAUGCCUGGGCUUUGGGUCGGGACCUUUCCAGAAGAACUGCACAGAAUCCUGCUCCCAUCUUAAGGCUGAAACAGAGGAGAAACUACUGAAAAGUGACUGUCGAGUCAAAGACCAUGAGGGCUGCUGGAUGUCCUUCACAAUGACUGAACAAGAUGGAUUUGACAAGUAUAAUGUCAAAAUCCUCAAAACCAGAGAAUGUCCUGAGGGGCCAAAUGUAGGAGCCAUCGUCGGUGGAUCUUUGGCUGGUGUGGCACUGAUUGGACUUCUGAUCCUUCUCCUCAUCAAGGGUCUCAUUUAUGUAAAAGACCUCAAAGAGUGGAAGAGGUUCGAAAAGGAGCAGCAGCGCCGCAAAUGGGCAGAUGGUGAAAAUCCACUGUUCCAAAAAGCAACAACUACUGUUGCAAAUCCAACAUUUACUGGAGACUCGUAAGGCAACAGUGGAGCACUGGAGGAAAACUGUUUCACAUCAAGCUUACUGUAAAUGAAUGCAGUGUGUGCUGUAACAGAUUACCAGUACAGUCCUCAAGGACCUCCAGCCAGUCCACAUGUUUGUACCAUCCUCUCAGCUGACUAAUCAGAGCUCUACAUGAACACCUGAGCCAAGUAAUUAGCAUUGUGUAGCUCACGAUUGCCUUGAGGACUGGAUUCAGAAACUCUGCUCUAGGGAUUUACAAGUAUUUUUGAAUUGUAUUUUGCUAACGUUUCUUUUUACGUUUUCCUAGAUUUUUUAAGUUUGUAAACAUUUAACUACUAAAACGCCACUCUGCAUUGAACCUAUAUUGCACAUAGUAUUAUUGUUAAGAAUGUUGUUUGUGUACUCACAUGUGUUUGCUAUUACUGGAAAAUACAAUUAUGUACAAUAUAAAUAAAAACAUGUCCCACAUAACACAC